AAAUAAUAUUAUAUUUUUGGUAUUUGGAGUUAAAUACACCUGUUUUUGCACUAGUUUGUCAUGCUUCAGUGGUGAUAAAUGCGCCCCCGCCCCGCUGUGUGGGCGGGGUCCUGACUGCUGUUUUCUUAGGUAGCCUGUUAAAAUGCCCGAACUCAAAACACUUCUUUUCCCAAGAUGGCGUCGAUGAAGGACAGCGACACCGGCCUGUGGCUUCACAACAAACUAGGAUCCACGGACGAGUUGUGGACGCCUCCGAGCAUCGCCUCUCUCCUCACCGUGUCCGUGAUAGACAAUAUACGGCUGUGCUUUUCUAGCUUGUCGCCGCCGGUGAAGCUCAAGCUGCUGCUCGGGAUGCUGCAUCUCCCCCGGCGGACCGUGGACGAGAUGAAGGAGGCCUUGUCGGAGAUAAUCCAGCUUGCUACGGUGGACUCAGAGCCCUGGGUGCUGAUGGUUGCAGACAUCCUUAAGUCCUUCCCAGAGACUGGCUCUCUCAAUCUGGACUUAGAGGAGCAGAACCCAAACGUUCAAGACAUCCUAGGAGAGCUCAGGGAGAAAGUGGGUGAGUGCGAGGCGUCUGCCAUGCUUCCUCUGGAGUGCCAGUACCUGAACAAGAGUGCGUUGAACACUCUGGUGGGACCCCUCACACCCCCUGUUAAACAUUUCCAGCUGAAGAGAAAGCCCAAGAGUGCAACGCUCAGAGCAGAGCUGCUACAAAAAUCCACAGAAACGGCCCAGCAGCUGAAAAAGACAGCCGGAGUGCCUUUUCAUGCCAAAGGGAGAGGCCUGGUCAAAAAGAUUGACACCACUACACCUCUCAAGGGGAUUCCCAAGGCCCCAUUCCGCAGCCCCACUGCCCCCAGUAUGUUCAGCCCCCCCAGUAACCGCACACCCAUCGCCCCCGCACGGACGCCCCUGCGCAAGGAGAGGGGGGUCAAGCUGUUAGAUAUUUCAGAACUCGAUAUGGUCGGAGCUGGAAGAGAAGCCAAGAGGAGAAGAAAGACUUUGGAAACGGAAGCCGGAGAGAAAGCAGCCAAAGAAGAAGCAGUGGUGGAAAACACCACACCGGACUAUGCUGCUGGCCUCGUCUCUGCACAGAAACUCGGGGCGUUAAACGAGAAUCCUCUGCCGUCCACCAGCUACCUACCAGCCACACCCAGCAUGGUUCCCUCCUCCUCCUACAUUCCCAGCUCAGAGGCACAGCCAGCAAACGCAGGCGGUUCGGGACGUGACACGCUGCAGUCGACUCGCCAACCAGAGGAGUCGGCGACGGCCGGCACUGGCGCCACCGCCACCUUACCAGGCCAGUACAAACAGAGGACGCCGAUGUACAACGCGAGCACCACAGCGAACCCCGCGACCCCUACAUCCCCCAGCACGCCAGCCUCCACCCCCGCCAGCAACGGGCCCCCGGCAGCUGCCACCGCCAGCCAACCAGAGACCCCCACCCAACCUCCCAGCACACCUCAGACUCCCACACCGACCCCGACCCCCACACCACCACAGCCGCAGCCCAAAAAGAAUCUCUCACUCACGAGAGACCAGAUGUACGCUGCCCAGGAGAUGUUCAAGACGGCCAACAAGGUCACCCGACCAGAGAAGGCCCUCAUCCUGGGCUUCAUGGCUGGAUCCAGAGAGAACCCGUGCCCGGAGCAGGGGGACAUCAUCCAGAUCAAACUGAGCGAGCACACAGAGGUUCUGCCCAAAGCCGACGGCACCGGCAGCACCACCAUGCUGGUGGACACAGUCUUCGAAAUGAACUACUCCACAGGACAGUGGACCCGCCUCAAGAAAUACAAACCCAUCACCAACACCUCCUGAGAAGCAAACGGGACGAGGGCUACUCGCUCAACACAUUCGAAAAAAAAAAUUCUCUUCACUUCAGAAACAUGUUUACACACACGUACGAGUAUUUGCAUAAACACAUUUUGGGCCAAAUCAAGCACCGGGAGGGUGAGAGAUCGUCAAGGAGAGAAAGGUCCUCCCUUUUCCUGCACCGCCAAAAUGCAGGACUCUUUGAAGAAUGUUUCUGUAUUUCUUUUUUUUUUUCCUUUAUCCUUUUUAUUGUUUCUGUUUUUAAGUCACCUCUGAUUCCUGGAUGAUGGUGUGGUCAGGAGGGGUGAAAGAGAGAGAGAGUUAUAAGAGUCUGGGGCAGAGCAACGAUUCUCACGGCAGACACCUUUUCAACAUUUGUACUUCCUGAAGUGCAAAAAAAAAAAAAAAGCAUGUCAACGUGUCUAGAAAGAAGAAAAGACGAGCUUGUCUGUAUUUUACUGUAUGAAUGUGACGCUUCUUCUACCUUUUUCAGAACAGAAUAAUGGUUUGUGACAAGAAAGGAGAACGAUAAUGACUGUCAUCGUAAAAGGUGACCAACAAAAAAAACAAAAAACAACCACACGCGGUGCAUAAAGUUCUCAAUGCUGUCGAGGUCUGUUUGGAGCCUUCUUGGUAAUUUUUCAUCCUUUUUUCAAAAGAAGGGAAGAAAAUAAAGUGACAACAGACUCCA